CAUACGUUGUGGCGUUCCAUAAAAAAACAGGGAUUUCUUUAACAAAAAUGUCAUUAAAUAUAAAAAAAAUAAUAGUUAAUCUAGAGAUUUGAGCAUGAAAAGUAAAAAUAUUAGGCUCCUUUUAGAUCCCUGAGAAUUGUAGUUUUUUUUUACUCAUUGUUUUAAAAUAAUGAAUCCAAAUCAAUGUUUAUUAUUGACCUGUUUAAGGCUUCAAUUACUUCACAUCAAAUAUUCCAUUCCGCUUUAAAUAUUCCACUUUGAAAUAUUUUUGUGGAAAAUAUUGCAUACGUUGUGGCUUUCUAUAAAAAAAACCCCAUAAAAAACAGGGUUUUCUCUAACAAAAAUGUCAUUAAACAUGAAAAAAACAAUAGUUAAUCUAGAGAUUUGAGCAUGAAAAGUAAAAAUAUUAGGCUCCUUUUAGAUCCCUGAGAAUUUUAGGGUUUUUUUAACUCAUUGUUUUUAAAUAAUGAAUCCAAAUCAAUGUUUAUUAUUGACCUGUUAAAGGCUUCAAUUACUUCACAUCAAAUAUUCCAUUCCGCUUUAAAUAUUCCACUUUGAAAUAUUUUUGUGGGAAAUAUUGCAUACGUUGUGGCGUUCCAUAAAAAAACAGGGAUUUCUCUUAACAAAAAUUAUAGUUAAUCUAGAGAUUUGAGCAUGAAAAGUACAAAUAUUAAGGUCCAUUUGGAUCCCUGAGAAUUUUAGUGUUUUUUAACUCAUUGUUUUAAAAUAAUGAAUCCAAAUCAAUGUUUAUUAUUGACCUGUUUAAGGCUUCAAUUACUUCACAUCAAAUAUUCCAUUUUGAGAAAAAAAAUCUGAUAAAAUGCAUCUUUGGUGUUUUUGUCAUAAAAACGUUUUUCUUGAACAAAAAGUGCAUUAAAUAUGAUUUUUUUUUUUUUACUUCGACAGAUAAAUCUGAAGUUGAUCUCAAGAUUUAAGUGUUAAAAAAAAUGAACGCAUUGUUUUUGAAAAUGGGAAAAAAAUAUGAAAAUGGUCCCAGCAUGUUUCACAUUUUUCAGUGUUUCAGGGGGAAUUUUGCCAGUUAAGUUUUUUGUUAGUAAUAUUCCAAAUUGGGACGUAUUUCAUUUUGUCCUUUGGAAUGUGUCGCGGGCCGCACUUUGGGCACCCUGUGUGUUAUUCACGCAGUAUGUUUGAAGCCAGCAGGAAUUAUUCACGCAGUGCUUUAUUUGUAUUUUUUUACAAGCUUAGGAAUGAUUAGAAAGGUCACGUGACACUCCUAAAAAGCGUGGUCAAUAAUGUCUCCCACUCGGAUGUGAACAUAAUAGCAAAGAGUCCACUUCCGCUGCCCUAAUUUACAACAGCGGUAGGCGGGGCAAAAAAAAAUCAGUUCCUGCCCUCCUAUUGGCUGGUUUCUGUGGAGGCGGGGUUUGUGGUGACGUCAGACACACCCGGGAUUAUCCUGUUGUUUUUUUAUGUCUCCUCAUCCAUCCUAACGCGCUGCUCGGUGCUCGGGGUGGAUUAUCGCCAUGUUGUGACGUUUGCAGCCUCGGCGAGCCUUUACGUAACCUGACGUCGUCUGGAGAAGGAUCUGGAAGCUCGCGAGCAGUCGCCCGGAUGAGGCGCGCGUCCCGCCACGCAGAUGGGCGCCGACGGCAGCAAGAAGAGGCCCGCUGACGCCCGGGAGGACCAGCACCUGGCGUCGGGAUGGCGCGGCUUCCUGUCCGGCAUGAGCCUGUCCCUCCCCGCCGCCGUCUGCCGUCUGGCCCCGCCCCCCCUGCGCCCGGGUGGGCGGCGCAUGCUCCAGGCCAAGGCCCCCGACAUCCCCGAACAUGUGCUGAGGCUGGCGGCGGUGGGGCCCGACAAGCUGAGGGCGGAGUGGAGCCUGCCGGGCUGGGUGACCAUGUUCCUGCCCGAGUUCCCACACAGGCCCGUACCUGGACAGGAACACUUUCAGGUGUUGGGCUACAUCGCCAAAGGUUCUUUCGGCCCCAUCCUGAAGGUGAAGGACAAGAGCAAGCAGAAGACGUACGCUGUCAAGGUGAUACCCAAAUGUGAGAUCCUCAGACUGGGCGUGUUGGAGCAGUCCAAGGAAGAGGUCAUAGUUCAGCGCCAGGUUCAUCACCCGUUUGUCCACGACCUGCAGGACUGUUGGCAGACACAGCGCCACCUCUACAUUAUGUGUGACUAUUGCGGCACGGGCGACCUCUACACCUACUGGCAGAUGAUCGGACACUUCGCCGAGGACACGGUGCGAGUGUUCGCGGCCGAGCUGGGCUGCGCGCUAGGAUUCCUGCACGACUUUGGAAUCAUCCACAGAGACGUGAAGAUGGAGAACAUCCUGCUGACAGAUGAAGGUCACCUCCGCUUAGCUGACUUUGGUUUGUCUCGUCGUCUGGAGCGAGGAGGACGAGCGUUUACCAUCUGUGGCACCAUCCAGUAUAUGGCCCCCGAGGUGCUGAGCGGCGGUCCUUACAACCACGCGGCCGAUUGGUGGUCUCUCGGAAUCCUCCUCUUCUCAUUGGCUGUUGGAAAGUUCCCGGUGGCAGCAGAAGCAGACCACUGUGGCAUGCUGAGGAGGGUCCGGUCCUUCCCCUACGAGAUGCCCCUCGGCCUCAGCCCCCCGCUGGCCAUGCUGGUCACCGAGCUGCUGUGCAAGACGCCCGCCCGCCGGCUGCGCACCCUGGAUCGCUUCCAACGUCAGACCUUCUUCCGCGGGCUGACUUUCGACCAGGGCCUGAUGCAGCGCCACCCUGUGGAGGUGAUUCUGGAGCUGAGGGAGCGGCCGGAUCGUGCGGCCAAAGCUCGCCGAGGCCUGACGUUGUCGCUGCAGCCGCUCAAGGGCUUCGACUACGACUCGCUGCUCGGCCCGCCCGACACGCAUCCGGACCGCCACGUGCAAAGUCAGGCCAAGUUUCUGUGGCGCGCACAGGAAGAAGGUCCGCACAGGGAGGUGUUUGUGUGAGGUCGGUACGCCACCAACUCUUUAAACGUGCUUCAUAACGCCGCUUGUGAGGUGGGCGGAGCUACACACGUCAAGAAGAAAGAUGUCCGCCAUUGUUGUCCUACGUCUACUCUGUGGCCUUCCUCUUCUUUGUGUCGCUGCGCCAUUCAUGCCUAAACUGUACCGGGUCUCUAACCUUACCACCAGACUUCCUGGUUGCGUCACAUCUUCUCUUACGUCACAACGCUAGACAUCUUAUAAGGGUACGCAGCAUGGAGCGCUACUGGCGCUGACGAGACGCGGGGCCGCCAUCUUGGAGUGGUGAUCCGCUCCACUCAGUGCAAUACAUGUGGCAGGAGCAAUGAACUGUCAUCUUACCUCACUGAAUACUACUCAUUUUCACGCGCUUUUUUGUCUUACCUGUAGCUAUGAUAAAGGACACAUGUUUUAUUAUUCAUAGUUUGCUUAAUAGUAAUAGAAUAUUCUUAUAUUCUAUAAGUGACCAGACGUCCGAGGUCAAAACUGGGAAUAUAAUCCAAGAAAGGGGGAAAAAAGCUAUUUUUAAGUUGAAGAAACAAUAUGAUUAGGUUAUAUAUACAUGCUACAUAAAUAAUGUAUGAAUACAUUAGAUAUCUAUAUAUCUUAUAGACUGUAACUCUGUUGCUGCAGCAGCAGAGAGUUUAUUCUGUCUUGACACUUUGUAUUGAUAUUUUGUAUUACAUUCUUCCCUUAAAUGAUCAUGUUUACAUUGAUUGUUAUAUAUGUAUUUUUUAUGUAUGUCGCUUUGGAUAAAAGCGUCUGCCAAAUACUUCAACAUAAACAAAUAUAUAAACACCUGAAAGUCUUUAUAUCAGCUAAAACCACCAAUCUGUUUCACUGGAUUCAGAAUAAAACCAAAUGCUGUCUUACCCAACAAUGUUAGUAUUUGAAUAUUGUGAUUUGAAGACUUAUUCCUGGUUACAAUUAUACUGUUAAGAAAGUAUUGUCUUAUACUUUGCCUAAAAUGAGAAUGCAUCAUAAUCAGUGGCGGCUGGUGAGUUUUGUUUUAGGUGGGGCUGAAAGUUUGUAAACUGACCCCCUGUAGGGGGGUCAUCCUCCCCCAGAAGAUUUAUUUGUGAUUUUCACAUACAAAUGAAGCAUUCUGGUGCAUUCUGACAAAAUAAUGAAGACAAAAUAGAACAUUUCAUAGGUUUGCAGAGAACUAUAUACAAUAUGCACACUGAAGGCAUGACAAGUAUGACAUUUUUAAAUGUAAUUAAUUCCAUUGACAAGCAAUUCUAUUAUGGUCAUACUCUUGUUUGCUAGUGGCUACGAUUUCAGUACUAUUGAAGAUCUUUGCUCCUUCUCAACUCAAAAUUAUUUUCACAAAAUACAACCAAUAGUACGUUAAUGUUAAAUCUUACUUGUGAAAAGUAAUCCCCCCGAUUCCUAUUUUCAACCGUCCGUUCAUUCAAGCAGGAAAACGCUGAACACCAUCUUUGUUUUCUACCUGUCAACUGUCAGUUUAGGCUGCUCGCCGGCUCCUCAUCACCACUUCAAGAUGGCGGCCCAAUUUCUCGCGUCACAGCAGCCAAUGCUGCGUCUACUUAUAAGAUGUCUAUGGUCUGGCUAACUUCCUAGCAGCUGUGGCUAACUACCUGGUAGUCUGGCUAACUUCCUAGCAGCUGUGGCUAACUACCUGGUAGUCUGGCUAACUUCCUAGUAGCUGUGGCUAACUACCUGGUAGUCUGGCUAACUUUCUAGUAGCUGUGGCUAACUACCUGGUAGUCUGGCUAACUUCCUAGUAGCUGUGGCUAACUACCUGGUUGUCUGGCUAACUUCCUAGUAGCUGUGGCUAACUACCUGGUAGUCUGGCUAACUUCCUAGUAGCUGUGGCUAACUACCUGGUAGUCUGGCUAACUUCCUGGAAGACUGACUAAUAUCCUGUUAGUCUGGCUAACUCCCUGGCAGCCAAGCAAGCAUCCUGGUAGCCUGGCUAAUUUCCUAAUAGUUGUGGCUAACAUCCUGGUAACUUGGCUUACUUCCAGGUUAAUUUCCUAGUAGCCGUGGCUAAUUUUCUGGUAGCCUGGCUAAUUUACUAAUAGCCAUGAAUAACAUCCUGGUAGUCAGGCAAACUUCCUGGUAACCUGGCUUACUUCCUGGCAAAUUUCCUGGUAGCCUGGCUAAAUUCUUAAUAGCCGUGAUUAACAUCCUGGUAGUCUAGCAAACUUCCUGGCAAAUUUCCUGGUAGAAUGGCUAAAUUCCUAAUAGUCGUGGCUAACAUCCUGGUAGCCGCGGCUAACGACCUGGUUGUCUGGCUAACUUCCUGGAAGACUGACUAAUAUCCUGUUAGUCUGGCUAACUCCCUGGCAGCCAAGCAAACAUCCUGGUAGCCUGGCUAAUUUCCUAAUAGUUGUGGCUAACAUCCUGGUAACUUGGCUUACUUCCAGGUUAAUUUCCUAGUAGCCGUGGCUAAUUUACUAAUAGCCGUGAUUAACAUCCUGGUAGUCUAGCAAACUUCCUGGUAACCUGGCUUACUUUCUGGCACAUUUCCUGGUAGCCUGGCUUACUUCCUAGUAAAUUUCCUGGUAGAAUGGCUAACAUCCUGGUAGCCGUGGCUAACGACCUGGUAGUCUGGCUAACUUCCUAGUAGCCGCGGCUAACUACCUGGUAGUCUGGCUAACUUCCUGGAAGACUGACUAAUAUCCUGUUAGUCUGGCUAACUCCCUGGCAGCCAAGCAAACAUCCUGGUAGCCUGGCUAAUUUCCUAAUAGUUGUGGCUAACAUCCUGGUAACUUGGCUUACUUCCAGGUUAAUUUCCUAGUAGCCGUGGCUAAUUUACUAAUAGCCGUGAUUAACAUCCUGGUAGUCUAGCAAACUUCCUGAUAACCUGGCUUACUUUCUGGCACAUUUCCUGGUAGCCUGGCUUACUUCCUAGUAAAUUUCCAGGUAGAAUGGCUUACAUCCUGGUAGCCGCGGCUAACGACCAGGUAGUCUGGCUAACUUCCUAGUAGCCGCGGCUAACUACCUGGUAGUCUGGCUAAUUUCCUGGUAGACUGGCUAACAUCAUGUUAGUCUGGCUAACUCCCUGGCAGUCAGGCAAACAUCUUGGUAGCCGUGGCUAACUACCUGGUAGCCUGGCUAAUUUCCUGGUAGCCGUGGCUAACUUCCUGGUAGCCUGGCUAAUAUCCUGUUAGCCUGGCAAAUUUUUUGGUAGCCUGGCAAAUAUUUUGGUAGCCUGGCUAAUUUCCUAAUAGCCAUGGCUAACAUCCUGGUAGCUUGUACUACUUCCUGUCAGCCUGGCUAACUUCCUGGUGGACUGGCUAGUUUCCUAAUAGCCGUGGCUAAUAUCCUGGCAGCUUGGCUUACUUCCUGGCUAAUUUCCUGGUAGCCUGGCUAACUUCCUGGAGGCCUUUGUAACUUCCCGGCAGCCUGGUAAAUUUCUGGCAGACUUUCCAACUUCCUGCUUGCCGUGGCUAACUUCCCGGUAGACCGGCAAAUUUUUUUCUGGUAGCUGUGGCUAACGUCCUGGUAGCCUGGCUAACAUUCUGGCUUGUGCAAGAAGAAGAAAGAUAAAGCUUUUGUUUUUGUUCCCACUGACAAUGGGAACUUUAAUCAAGCUGAGCACGCCAAGAAAGGAACACCAUACUUGAUGUUUUUGUCUUCCUCAUGCAAGAAUUAUGUUUUGCUUGUUUACUUUGAAAUGGUCGUAUAAACGUGCCCACCUGUUUCCCAUGUGUAAAUAACCACGCAUACCUUUUGAACAUCCUGCCGUGUUUUAUCACCAGCGACUCAGGGGAGCAUUUACUUGCCUUUACUUGAGACACUGCUCUUUUUCUAAUGCACUUGUCCUGAUGCACCUGAACGCCUCACGAGUGGUCCUUUUGUUUUGUUAUGACAUUGCUUGUUUAUUAAAGAACGAAUCCUUUCUACACGUACUACAUGUGUUUUUGGAACUGCACUAAACCUGCAAUCUUACCAAAGGUGCUUCUGGGAUUUCUUACGUGACCCGACUUUCUAGAACAUUUCAACAUGGAGGUUGACUCUUUCAACACGAUGCUGGUAGUUUGCUCAACGUGUGGAGGUUUUGACACGUCGGCGGAGAGAUUACAUUCUUGUGUAGACAAGCCGUGCCCAAACCUUAUCCACUGAGGGCCACAGACUGACAAAUCACAGCAGGC